AUGUGGAUUCUCAGCAACAUUGGAAAUGAAGGAAAUGAAAAGGUGGAUCAGAUGGCUUCUCAAGCUCAUUCGAUGUGUAAAAAGAUGGAGAUGAACUUAUUAAAAAGGGUCAACAAGUUGUCAGAUGUGAGAAAAAAGUUGGCUGAUGAACACCGCACAGAGAUGCACCAACUCCAUGUCGCCCAUGAAAAUGACCUGGACAAAGUUGAAAAACAUUGGAAGGGAGAGGUCGUUAAAUUGGUGGAUGCUUACAAUAACAUUCAGGAAAAGUUGAGCAAUCAGUAUGUAUUAACAUUUGUACAAAAGAGUCCCUGA